AGCGGCUGAGUCUCAGCCCAGCUGUCAAACUCGUAAAUUCCAAAACGCGGACGCCCGUUUCUUUUGCCGCUACGUUCUGUAAAUUUCCAAGUGAUUCGUUUGUGUUUUGUGGCAAACAGAUUCCUGGCAAGUUAAAUCGAACCGACGUUUGCCAUGUCCGGUUUUAGUUUCGGAACGCCGACGACGAGCGCUCCGGCAUUCUCGUUCGCAACGCCUGCCGCCUCCACAACAGCAGUUCCCACCGCUGCUUCCGCGGCUCCGGCUGUAACAGGAUUCGCAUUUGGUGCCACUCCAACGGCGUCGAUCACUGCACUGCCAACAACCGCAGCACCGGCAUUUGGUGCAUUGGCCACCAAACCAGCCACCUCGGUCACUCCUUUAGCGGCUACUGCAGUUGCCGCGGCAGCUCCCGCUUUCAGCUUCGGUGGAGGAACUUCGACAACGCCAGCCACGACGACCACCACUUCAACGGGAUUUGCCCUUCCGGGAGCUUCUGCAGCAGCAACGGCACCCGCUUUGGGAACGGGAUUGUCCUUUGGAGCUACAGCUGCAACAGCGAGUACUUCAGCAGCCCCAACACUUUCCUUAGGAGGGGGAUUUGGAGCGGCAUUCGGAGCACCCAAGGCCGCUACGGCUACAACCGUAACGACGACAGUGGCCACGACCAGCACCGGAGGAUUGGGUAAACCGGUCGGUCUAGGCGGAGUUGACAUCAACGCAACGGCUCCGAAAUCCGUGGAAGGGAAGCCGGACAGCACCAAGGCGAAGGAGUUCCAAGUUCCCCAGGAAAUCGUCAACACCGUAGAGCAGCUCAAAGAAUACAUCAAAAAGCAGAAGUCCUUCAGCUCGGACAUUGCCCGGACCUCGUCCCGUAAGCUGUACAAUGUUUCGUCGGAAAUUAGUCGCCUCAAUUGGAGCUUGAUCGACAUUUCCAAUAGCGUCACAAACAAUCAAUCGGCCAUAAAACUGCUCCGCGCGGAAACGGCCAACAUUAUCCAGCAGGCUGACAUGGCCCAGAGGACACACGACACGCCCGCCGGAUUGCAGUUCGAGAACACGAUGCCGCUGCAGUACUUUAUCGAGCUGAUUCAGAAGUAUGAAAGCGAUUUGCUGAACCUCAAACAACAGGUCGAACUAACAGAAAAGCACAUGCAAUCGCUGACGGUUCCUCAGCACUUCACCGCCACGGACCUUAAACGGGGUCUGCAGCAAAUCCACGAGAGUUUCAUCGCCCUGGCCGGUCGGUUGCACGAAACCCAUCAGAAGGUGGAAACCCAAAAGGAACGCUACAUGAAUCUGCGGCGUUAUCUUCUGCGCGACAACACCGACGUUUUCGACGGUCAAUCAUCCGGGCAGUCCACGAAUCAGGUUCGCUUUACCAGUGCAGUUUCCACCGGACCGACGCCAUUCUCGCCACUCAUGGGUCCCGUCAAUCCGGGACUGGUACCCAAACCGACACAGGAAUCGACUCUGUGGCCACGCAGUACCGGUUUCGGGUCGGCGUCCGGGUCGAUGAUGGGUAUGGCUGGUCCCAGCGGAAUGUCAGGCACGGGAUUCGGAUCGGCUCUGGGCGGUGGAGUCGAUAGUAGUGGUCUAGGGAAGACGACCUUUGGUGACGGAAGUGGUGCGGCGACGACUUCCACAUUCGGAGCGGGAGGAUUCAAUCUACAAACCCCGCCACUGGGGAGCAAGCGGAAUAAACACUAAAACCAGUAAGUGAGUGUGCGUGUUUAGUUAGAUUUCGGAAAUAUAAGCGACUAAUGAAUGUU